CUGUUCCCAUGGUAUGGCACCCAGAAGGAAGUAGCUACGCAGCUAUGGCUAUCUCUCUCGUCUACUAGCAACGAUAGUAGUGGCUCUAGAGCAGCUCAGCAGCGUACGUAUAUACGACUUCUAUCUCAAGCGCUCAUCUGCCAGAAGGUAUAUCACCAGCCAUUUGAUAGCCCAGUUAUCCAUUUUCUCGCUACUCUUGGUAUCUAUCCAGAGACUAGCCGUCUGCGUGAUGCUCCCGAGUUCUCUACUCUACUUAGCUCACUCAUUUACUGCGUACGGGCAUUAACGAUAGAGAUUUUUCUACCAGUAGAUAAGCGGGCUGAGCAAGGUGCUGCUGAGACAGGUAGCUUUCUUGAGCAGCGUGCUAGCUAUCUAGUAGACGGCUCGUAUAGCCCUAUGAGCACUAUGCUAAGCCUACUAGUAUACGCCAAGUUUAUCGCUCUACGUACGCCUAGUAGUAGCGCUAGUAGAAUGUGGUGGUUAGUAGAUCGACAGACAUUCUACAUCAAAGGCCAG